UUCUCUCUCUUGUGAUAGAAUUCCUUUUUCUAUCCUGCUCGGAGUUGCCAGAUUUCGCCAAGUUCAGUUCCAACCCACAAUUUAGUAACCAUACUCCGUUGAGGUUGCUAAUGGCUAAGUGUGCCUCCCUUAAAAGUACCCUAUCUGAUAAAGCAAAAUUUCCUUCCACUAUAGCUCCUUCUUUGUGCCAUAAAAACAUCCCUAACUUCUCCAAAGUCUUCAAAGAGCUUGUUUCGCCACAUACUAUCAACUCUAUCAGGAAUGUUAUUGCCGAAAACGGAAAAACAUUUUCCUUACCCUCUGAUUCUCAUAUUCUUCUUUCAUGCCACAUGGUUACAUAUAUACUCGAAUUCAAUUUUUGUUGGAUGACAAGGGUGUUUUACGGUGCAAAAUGGUAGAUCGAAAUCAUUUUGAGAACCCAUGAUGCUUCUUGUGUUUUAAAUGUUGCAGUUUAUCUGUGCGUCAAGCAAGUACUCUGGAGAACAAUCAAGAAGUUGGUACCUUGUAUUAACAAGGUUCAAGAAAAAAAGUUGAGCCAUCAACGUGCCUGCAAGUUGGUUCAUCUUUGUUUACAUGCUUUAGUCGACUAUGACGAACUAAAGCGGAACGAUUAUUUUGACAACCAGAAGAUUCUCCACCAUGCUGCAUGCUGUGGCGUCGUCGAAAUUGUGACCGCAUCUUUUCGUUAUUUUCCGGACCUGAUUUUCUCAAAACAUGGAAGUCAGAUACUAAAAAAUGCUAUUCAAUAUCGGCAAGAAAAUAUUUUCAACCUCGCAUGCAAAAGCACCGCACUUGAUAAGAUGUUGGCUACAGUGUGUUUCGAGCCUUCCAUCUCACAUUUAGUAGCAGAGCUGCCAAAAAAUCGUGAACUCGCCGAUCAUUCUUGUGCAUCGACGGAAAUGCAGAGGGAGUUGCAAUGGUUUAAGAUGAUAGACAGUAUUCAACAUCCAAGACUGAAGCAACUGAAAAAAGAGGGGAAAACGGCUUUUCAGUGUUUCUUGGAAAAUCACAAACAAAUGCGGGAGAAUGCAGAGGAAUGGAUGAAGGAUACCUCAAAUUCCAGUAUGCUUGUUUCUACUCUCAUUGCUACAGUGGUGUUUGCUGCAGCUUUUACAGUUCCUGGAGGAAACAAUGAACAAGGAAUUCCGAAUUUCCUCAACGAUACAUCGUUUACGGUAUUUGUCUAUUCGGAUGCACUAGCACUGUUUUCAUCAGUCACUGCCAUCUUGAUGUUCUUAUCUAUCCUAACUUCAAGUUACAAAGAGAAAGACUUCCUGAGGGCAUUGCCCAAGAGGAUGUUAAUCGGUCUUGCCUCCCUCUUCUUCGCCAUAGCUACCAUGAUGGUAGCUUUUGGAGCAGGUCUCGCAAUUGUACUACGUGAGAGAUUCAAAUGGGUUUGGGGUCCAAUUAUGUUCUUGGCAUCAUUUCCAGCGACUCUGUUCAUCAAGCUGCAGCUUCCCUUGUUUAUCGAAAUGGUUCAAUCAACAUAUGGAAGCAUCUUUCGACGUGGAAAAAUAUGGUAACUGACUGAGCAUUGGGAUGCAGCUGGCCCUCUCUAUUAGCCUGACAAUGGUUAGUGUGUAAAAAUAAAUGACUUGGAAGAUGAUUAUUAAGUAGUCAUAAAAUUAUAAAUGUUGUACUAGUUCUUCGGUGGUGUGAAAAGUAUUUAAUUAAGACUCAAAGUGUGUCACUCAAAAUCUAUAUUGUAUAUAAAUAAA